GUCAAGCUAGUAAAGUCUAAAGAUGACAGAUGUGACGCUUUAUUUUCACCCUUAAUAUUAUCAAAAUUGAUCGCUGUUGACAAAAUAACGUGUCCGUGAAUUGAUAAAACUCAUGUCGCAGUGACUGAGGAGUUUACCACUUGGGUCAUCCAAGCAGAAGGCAGAUUUUUUACUCAGAUGCACACACCGUAGCAGACGACAGAUUGUCUUCAACAACAACAACAGUUCAUGUAAAGAGAGACCAGAGCGUUCGGUAUUUGUGAGCCCGAAGCACUGCGAUGUCUGACACCCAUCAGGAGGGUAAUGCUAACGAGGAGGUGGAGUCGGCAGCAGGUUACUCCACAAGUAUAGAGUUACCUUCAGCACAGGUGUUCCGUAACCUCAAAAAUGCCAACAGAUUUGCCAUAGAUAUAGGAGGAUCUUUGGCAAAACUUGCCUACUCCUCAACAUUCCAGAGGAAGACAGCCUUAGUCUCUGAUGAUGUAAAUAAGAACACCACAUCAGGACACAUCUAUGAGAUUUCUGAGACGGAAGAGACGGGUAAUCGCUUACAUUUCAUCAAAUUUGAGACAAAAUUCAUUGAGACGUGCCUAGACUUCAUUUGUCAAAACCUGGUGGAUGACGUGAAUCAUUACGGUGCUUUGAAAGAGAAGCAUGUCAAGACAACGGGAGGAGGAGCCUACAAGUACAAGGACCUCACAGUUCGAACUCAGAUAGACAAAGAAGACGAGAUAGACCUGCCUAAUCAAGGCUGUAACUUUCUCCUGAAGAACAUACCAGAUGAGGUGUUCCUGUACGACAGACACGACACACCUCAGUACAAGUUCCAGGGUGUUGAACAUGACAUCUUCCCUUACCUGCUGGUCAACAUUGGGUCAGGUGUCAGUAUCAUCAAGGUGGAAGCUGAGAAUCAGUUUGAGAGGAUAGGGGGCACAUCUACAGGUGGGGGUACAUUCUGGGGUCUGGGGUCACUUCUCACAGGAGCCAAGGACUUUGACGAGUUGUUGGAACUGGCCGAGUCAGGUGACCACCGCUCCGUAGACAUGCUGGUGAAGGAUAUCUACGGAGGGGCGUACACCUGCGUGGGACUGCCAGGGGAGGUAAUCGCCAGCAGCUUCGGGAAGGCAGCCAGGUCAUGCACCCAUCAGAACAAUCAUAAUAGUAAAGAAGCUGACUGCGCCAAAAGCCUGUUGCUGAGUAUCAGUAAUGACAUUGGCCAGAUCUCUUGUCUCCAUGCCAAACUACACAACCUGAAAAAAAUCUACUUUGGUGGCUUCUUCAUCCGCGGUCACCCCAUGACCAUGCAUACGAUAACCUAUGCCAUCAACUACUGGUCAAAGGGGGACAUACAGGCUCUGUUCCUGCGUCACGAGGGUUACCUGGGGGCCAUUGGGGCCUUCCUCAAGGGUGCCGAGGAGGAAGAUGGUGGGCUGUACAGCUGGGGGGAGAAUUACGCAGGUAGCUCAGGCUUACAGUCCCCCCAGGGUAGUGCCUUCCAGUUCAAGACCAGAAGCUCCACGUUUGAUAUGUUAGAGCUGGAUAAGCUGUCCAAACCCCUGAUCUGCUGUCCUCUACUGCUGGACCCAGCCAGCUACAUCCCGGACACUGUGGACCUGACACAUGACAGGGAGGCGCGAGAAUAUUGGCUGCAGUGCUUCUCAGAGAGUAUAGAGAGGACCCGUUGUCAAGCUGUAAGUAGUCAGCCAAACUCUGAUGAUGUGGAACAGCGGGCUUCAAAGUUCAAAGAGAAAUAUCUGUCUCGGCUUCAAGAUCUGAAACAAAACCCAUGUGCGUACGGAACCCUGACCGUGAGGAGUCUGCUGGACAUGGUCAACCACUGUCUACAGGAGUUCAACUUCACAGAUCCAUACCUACAGCAAAAACAGUUUGAAAAUGACCAGGCUCUGAAAUGCCUGCCAGAUCUUCUAAGACAGCAUUGCGAGAUGACCUUUGAGCAGCGACAGUUUGCCAUCUCCAAGGGUUUACUAGCAGGCAAUGUGUUUGAUUGGGGAGCUCAGGAGGUGGUUCAGAUCCUUUCCGAGAACAAAGAGUUUGGCUUUUUGGAGGCUCAGGAUAAGCUGCAAGGGCGUCCAUGGCUGUUUGACGACUACGACCAUUGGUAUGAACGUGUGAGCCAGGGCCCUCCCCACAAGUGUGCCGCCAUCUUCUGUGAUAACAGUGGGGCUGACAUCAUCCUGGGGGUCAUGCCCUUCACUGUGGACCUCUUACAGCGAGGCACUCAGGUGAUUUUGUGUGCCAACUCUCGGCCCACUCUGAAUGAUGUGACCUUCACAGAGCUGCUAAUUCUGGUGAAGAGAGUGGCUGCUGUCAGUGAUGUCAUCAGGACUGCUCUGGAUCAAGGUCAUCUCAAGGUCAUGGAGUCUGGCCAAGGCUCCCCAUGCCUAGAUCUCAGACUGACUGAUCAUGAGCUUGUGCAGAUGAUGCGCCGGCAGGGCACAGACUUGAUCGUCAUAGUGGGGAUGGGACGAGCCGUUCAUACAAACUGUCAUGCAGCGUUCGCGUGCGACGCCCUGAAAGUGGCUGUCCUGAAAAACAGGUGGCUGGCCAAUAGACUGGGAGGAAACAUGUUUGAUGUCAUGUUCAAGUUUGAGCGUUCACGGAAAGUGGCUGCAUCCGCAGGAAGGUGAUAAUGGUGUGCCAGGGAGAAACCAGGGUAAAGGCAGGGGAGUUUUUGGUUAAGGUGGUUGCAAAGUGAUCAGUGGCUGGAUUCAUGAAGCGUACUUAGCGUUUACUCCUUGGCUAAGUGCACUUUAUAUCAUUACAAU